CCUCUGUCCUCCGCAGGCAUAUCCACCCCUGUGGUCUAUUUUGUGGACUACACGUCUCACUGUAUCUUCUUGGAGGAACUCGUUGGUUCCUCGACUGUGCGUGAUUACAUCGUCUCCACUCAGCAGUCUGAUUCCUGUGUGGAGCUGGAGCGGCUGGCUGAGAGGGUGGGCCAGAUCCUGGCCAAAAUGCACGACGAGGACGUCAUCCAUGGAGACCUGACCACCUCCAACAUGUUGCUGAGACCUGGAAGAGAAGACGGGGAGUCCGACCUGUUCCUCAUCGACUUCGGCCUCAGUUACAUCUCCGCUCUGCCAGAGGACAAAGGCGUGGACCUGUACGUGCUGGAGAAGGCUUUCCUCAGUACCCACCCCAACACCGAGGUGCUGUUCGAGAGGCUGCUGAAGACCUACACAGCAGCAUCCAACAAGUCGUCAGCGGUCAUUAAAAAGCUCGAUGAGGUUCGGUUGAGAGGGAGGAAGAGGUCCAUGGUGGGAUGAUGAUCCGUGCUGUUUACAGGGACAAGCCUUUCUGGGAAUAUGUUUCUAAAAAUAUGUUCUAAUUAAAAAAAGAAAAG